AUGGCACGAGCUGCUAUCAGUAAGAUGCCAUGGGAUAAAUACAUUCUGCGUUCAGUGCAAGAGGCACCGCCUGUUCAUCUUCCGCUCUUUCUAUACGGCACGGCGUGGAAGAAAGACCGGACAGCCGGCUUGGUGUACCAGGCACUGAAUGCAGGAUUCAGGGCGGUUGAUACAGCUGGUCAGCCGAAGCAUUACCAGGAGGAAUUGGUAAGAGAAGGUAUUCGCAGAGCGAUCCAUGAUGGAAUACUUCGACGGGAGGAUUUAUACACAAAGUUUACGUCUGUUCAUGGGCAGGACCCCAAUAAAAUGCCCUAUGAUCCUAGAACUUCGGUGACAGAUCAGGUUCAUGCCUCGGUCAAGUCAUCUCUCCACAAUCUCUGCGCGCCAGAUGCCUCAUCAAGUGUUGAAGAUGCUUACAUUGAUACGUUUCUCCUUCACUCGCCUCUGUCCACGAUGGCUGAAACUAUGGAGGCUUGGCUUACGCUUGAAUCAUAUGUACCUCAUCGCAUCCGCAAUCUGGGUAUAUCAAACUGUACCUUACCAAUUCUGAAAGAACUUUAUGCCCGUGCGACGGUUAAACCGGCGGUGGUCCAGAACCGCUUCUAUCCUGAUACGCGAUUCGACGUCCCAUUGCGCACCUUCUGUGGGGCUCACGACAUCAUUUACCAAAGCUUUUGGACUCUGACGGCCAAUCCGGGACUACUUCGAUCAGAUGCGGUUCAAUCAUUAGCGAGUCAGGUAGAGAUCAGUCCUGCAGCAGCAUUAUACUGUCUUGUCCUGGGCCUGGGUAACACAACUGUCCUGAACGGUACGACCAACAGGGCUCGGAUGGAUGCGGAUUUGGCUGCUGUCAGGAAAGUUGAGCAAUUUAGCAAGGACAGUCCCGAUGCAUGGCAGAUGGUACUGGACCAUUUCAAGAGAGUCAUAGGCGACGAUGUUGACACUGUGAAGAAGUAA